AUGCCACCGUACGUGCGCUUCUCACAGCCCCUUUGCCCACUCAUCCGAGCUGUACAACCGCGCCAACAUGCCUUUCAUCAAAAAGAAACUUACCGCCGCGUCAGUACUCUACCGUGCUUCACUCUCGACAACAAAGUCUGUGUGGUAACCGNNGGUAGGACAUAUCAAAUGAACAAUGGGCAUGACAACCAUCAGUUGACAUCACGAUGCAGCGCAUCUCAAGGUCUAGGUCAACAAAUCCUAGCAGCCUUCUGUCUUUCCGGUGGCCAUGGUGCAGUGGUCGACCUCUCUCUAGACAGCGCCCAAAAAUCCAUCGAAACCAUCAACACCGAAGUGAAAGAAAAAGGUCUUCCACCAGCAAACCUUCACCCCUAUGAAUGCAACACAGCAGACGAAGCCGUUGUCAAGAAAACAUUCGCCCAAAUUCUAAAAGACUUUGGCAAGGUCGAUGUUCUCUGUACGAAUGCUGGAAUCACUGGUGGAGUCGCUGCCGAAGACUAUGAUUUCAACGACUGGAAGAGUAUGCUGGAUGUCAAUGUCAAUGGUACUUUUCUGUUUGCCAAGGAGGCUGGUCAGCAUAUGAUCAAGCAGGGUAUCAAAGGUUCUAUUAUCAUGGUCUCGAGUAUGUCUGGUGUGAUUGUCAACCGUCCUCAGAAGCAAUCUGCGUACAACACUUCGAAAGCAGCAGUCGUCCAGAUGAUGAAGUCAUUCGCGAGUGAAUGGGGUGAGCACGGCAUUCGCGUCAACGCAAUCUCACCCGGCUACAUUCAGACCGCUGCCAACGAAGGCGAAGAAAUGGAGAAGCUCAGCAAGGAAUGGGUCAAGAAUAUUCCCNUGCACAGAAUUGCCAAGCCAGAAGAGUUCAGAGGUACCGCUGUCUACAUGGCUAGUGAUGCCAGUAGCUAUCUGACGGGCAGUCAGAUCGUUGUGGAUGGUGGAUAUACUGUUUGGUAA